GUUUCUCUUAUCGUCUAAGCUUCUAAGGUUUAAACCCAUAUAUUAGCGCUCUGCUUGUACCAAAGUUUUCCAAGAUAGUCACAACUACCUAAAGGUCUUACAUUCUAACUGCUGGAAGCUCGAGCGCCGCAUUCACUGCCUAAACAAUGGGCCACAAAAACUACAAUACGGAUGCUGAGAAAGCCAUUUCUCCAGGCAUAGCAUCAUCGCAUGGUGGGGCUGAAUCGAGUGACUUGCCGGCCGCUCAUCAGCUUCACAGACAACUUCAAAAUCGACAUGUGGCCAUGAUAUCCAUUGGAGGGGCAAUAGGCACUGGAUUGUUUUGUAGAACCGGAUCUGCAUUGGCCAAUGGAGGGCCUUUCACCCUAGUAUUUGGUUAUUCCUUGAUGGGAUUAAUGGUAUGGACACUUAUGUGUAGCUUAGGGGAGAUGAUUGCGCAUCUACCUAUUCCUGGAGGUCAUCUUGCCCUAGCGGAUCGCUUCUUUUCACCAAGCUUAUCAUUUACCUUGGGGUGGUCCUAUUGGUAUCUCUGGUCAAUAACUCUCCCGACUGAGCUUUCGGCCUCAGCCCUUUUUGUUGGGUUUUGGACAGUGAAGGUGAACAUGGCAAUUUGGAUUUUCAUUUUCUUAUUAAUAGUUGCUCUGAUAAAUCUGGGAGGAGUCCGAUUUUACGGCGAAAUGGAAUUUUGGUUCUCCAGCGUAAAAGUCAUCACAAUUGUUGCGGUCAUUAUUUUGGGUCUAGUACUGGACUUAGGGGCAGUCACAGGAGACAUGAUAGGAUUUAGAUAUUGGAAGAAUCCUGGUCUUUUUGCACAGUAUGCAGACGUACCUGGAGCCGCGGGUCGAUUCUUAGGUUUCCUUUCUGUGUUGGUUUCGGCCGCAUUCGCUUAUGUUGGGGUUGAGAUGCCUGCAAUUGCUGCUGCUGAAGCCAAAAAUCCAAGGAGAAAUUUACCAAGGGCUAUAAAACGUGUGGCCGGGAGAGUUUUGGGAUUCUAUGUUUUGAGCACGAUAAUAGUUUCAAUGCUUGUACCCUCAAACGAGCCCCGACUGCGCCUGACCACUGCCACGGGCGCGAAGUCCCCCUUUGUGAUCGCCAUACACAAUGCUGGGAUAAAAGGCUUGUCAUCGGUAAUCAACGGCGCUUUAUUAUCGUUCACACUAUCGGCAGCCUCUUCGGACUUGUAUAUUUCGAGCCGGUCUCUGUAUGGUUUGAGUAUUACUGGGAAUGCGCCGAGGUUCCUGGCGAAAACAACGCGAAAUGGACUACCGAUCUACUGCUACAUCAUUGGCAUCAUGAUGGGAACUCUAGCAUUCAUGGCCGCUAGUCACGGAAAAGCAGGAAUAGUGUUUGGUUACCUUGCAAAUAUGACCAGCGUGACUGGGUUGAUGAGCUGGGCUGGCAUAUUUAUCACUUAUAUUCGGUUCCGGGAUGGAAUGGAAGUGCAAGGUUUCGACAGGGCCCAACUUCCCUACCAGUCCCCGGUUGGAGUCACCGGGGCAUGGUGCGGGUUCAUAUCUUGUGUAAUUAUCACUAUUCUGAAUGGGUUCAGGGUUUUUCUGAAAGACAAGUGGGACGUUGCCACUUUCAUCACGUGCUAUUUCCCGGUUGCGGCAUUCAUCUUACUGUUUGGCGCCCACAGAUGGUGGACAAAAGCAGGGAUGGUGGAAGCACGGCACAUGGACUUCGUCACCGGGAGCGACGCCGAUGCCGAAGAAGAAGAAAUUCCGCCCAAAAAUUGGGUGGAAAAGGUCUGGAGAGCUCUCAUGUAGCCCCUCUUCGGGUGCUACAUCAUCAGCCCAACAAAAAUUCACGAAGUAUUUUAAAGCGCAGAGCUUUGAGGACUGACCAAUAAUCUGAACUUCUAUUAGUUUUGAAGCUCGAACAUGAAGCAGGAAACACUUACCAUAACUUUUACCUUGUUUUCCAUUCUAUUUACAUUUUUCACUGUUGUCUAAGUUGAUUUUUGGUUCAUAUUUUUUUCAUCAAGUCAUAUUUUUCAUUAAGAAAUAUUUUUUGUUUAUAUAAUUACCUUCUGAGUAACGAAACGAGAAAACAUGGUAGCGUAGGAAAUGUGUUUUGCCAAUCAUAGCCAGACUCCUUCACCAUCCAAUUUUUAGGUAGAUAAUUGGUUCUAACAACACCUCUACAGCUCAGGUGAUCCAGCUUAAUGUUGAAUUAUACACUACCGGUUUGCGUAAAACAGUGCCAGAAUGCAAGUUGGUAUUUUGUUGUUUCUCCUCCAUUCCACUUCAAAUGGAUCACAAUUCAGUGACAUUAGAAUCAGAAACUCUGGUUCGAUUGACAAGG